UGAAAAUGCUAAUUUCUAACAAAUUCUAACCCGACCCGAUUUGUAUCCGGGUCGAAUCAAAUCUCCUAAAACAUACCCUCCUCCGCUACAGGCAAACACAAUCUCUGCAGCUCAAGAAAACUUACCUACAUAAUCCUCCGAUCGAAACCCUCGAUUCGAAAUCGCCAUCCGAUCUCUAGGUUUAAUUUCUUGUUCUUCGUUUGUUUGAUCACUCGAAUUUCAGUAAUUUUUGGGGGAAAAUGGGAUGUACUGUUAGAGAGAAACACAUCCGUACUAAUCGGAGGACCCGAUCGGUGAAACCUGAAUCCGAUCAUUCCGCCGCCGUUAACGGAAAUGGUAAUGGGGAGAAAUCAGGGAACGUGAAAAUCAAACCCAAAAAUUACCAUAUGGCCCUCAGUACCCUGACCCAAAAUGCAAACCCGAAUUCCGCGUUUGAUGAUAACGGGUGGGGCUACUGCACCGAGGAGCAGUUGGAGGAGAUAUUGUUGAAGAAUUUGGAGUUCUUGUACAACGAGGCGAUUAGCAAGCUCGUUACGCUAGGUUACGACGAUGAUGUGGCGUUGAAGGCGAUUUUGAGGAAUGGGCAUUGCUAUGGUGGGAUGGAUGUAUUGACUAAUAUUCUGCAUAAUUCGUUGGCUUAUCUGAAUAGUGGGGCUAGUAGUGUGGGGAAUGGUGACGAGGCGGAAGCCUCGUUUUCCGAUUUGAGGCAGCUCGAGGAAUAUUCCCUCACGGGUAUGGUUUGCUUGUUGCAGCAGGUGAAGCCCAAUUUGAGUAGGGGUGACGCCAUGUGGUGUUUGCUCAUGAGCGAUCUCCACGUCGGGCGUGCUAGCGUGAUAGACAUUCCCGUUAUGCCCUCAACUAACGGGGAUGGGGACGAAGACGGGGUCGAGAGCGAACCUGCCCCCGUGGCGGUGAAUGGGGGUGGUGGGGCCCACGAGGGACCUGUUGGGGUUGCUCCGGCGUUGUGUAGGUUUCACGGCGGAUGGGGGUUUGGUACCGGCGGCACUGCCGAGUUUCCGAUGACUGGAAUGAAGAGUUUCUUGACUUACGCGUCGGAGAUGGCUCUGCAGAGAGAGAUCGAGUGUCCGAAGAGAUUUAAUCUGAGUCCGUCGAUGAAGAGUCUUUUGAAGAGGAAUGUUGCCAUGUUUGCUGCGGGGUUUCGGGCGAACUCGAAGCAGUUCCCCAACAACAGCCAAUCGCACGCUUGCCCGAGUUCUUUAUCCGGUGGGCCCGCCGCCGCCGCCGAGGAAUCUCCGUACGUGAAGAAUCAAGACGUGGUGAAUUCGGUGAUGAGUAAAUUUCAAGAACUGAAUCUAGACGAGAGUAAAGAGCAGGUGCCGCUGGACCAAAAAGACGAAAUGAUUCUUAGUUUGAUCCAUCAAAUAAAGGACUUGGAGAAGCAGGUGAAGGAGCGAAAGGAGUGGGCCCACCAGAAGGCCAUGCAAGCUGCGAGAAAGCUGAGCCACGAUUUCACGGAGCUCAAGACGUUGAGAAUGGAGAGAGAAGAAACACAGAGGCUGAAGAAGGGGAAACAAACCCUCGAAGACACGACUUUGAAGAGGCUAACGGAGAUGGAGAACGCUCUGCGAUUGGCGAGUGGACAGGUGGACAGGGCGAACGGUUCCGUGAGGAAGCUCGAGACGGAGAACGCAGAGAUUAGGGCUGAGAUGGAAGCUUCGAAAUUGAGCGCUUCGGAAUCGGCUACGACUUGUUCGGAAGUUGAAAAGAGGGAGAAGAAGUGUCGCAAGAGGCUUUUGGCUUGGGAGAAGCAGAAGGCUAAGAUGCAGGACGAGAUUACGGCGGAGAAGCAGAAGAUAGCGGACUUACUGCGGGAGCUGGCUCAAGUGGAGGCGGAUACAAAGGCAUCUGAGGAAAAAUGGAGGCAGACUCAAAAAUCCAAAGAGCUAGCUCUCACGCAACUCGAGGAAGAACGACGCCUGAAAGAAGCUUCUGAGGCAAACAACAAAAGAAAACUCGAAGCCCUUCGCCUGAAAAUAGAGAUAGAUUUCCAGCGCCACAAAGACGACCUCCAACGCCUCGAGCAAGAAUAUUCCCGCCUCAAGGAAAAUUCCCCUCAGUCAACAACAACGGAUGCCGUAAAUCAAUCUAACAACAAUAAUAAUGACCCGCGGGUGGAAGAUUCCAACGGGUUGAGCAACGAUCCUCUCGGAAAAGAAACCAUUGCUAAGGUUCUCAAAGGUCUCGACGAAAUAAAAAAUCCCGUAGAGAAACAGGUGAUCUGUGAUAGGCGGUGCAUGUUGUGCAUGAAAGACGAGGUUUCUGUCGUUUUUCUUCCAUGCGCGCAUCAGGUUAUCUGCGCCAGCUGUAAUGACACCUAUGGUAAGAAAGGUAGGGCUACUUGUCCCUACUGCAAGGUUCCGAUUGAACAGAGAAUUCGGGUUUAUGGUGCCAGCUCGUAAUUGUGAAAUGAAGCGCGUUUGUCUUUGAUUUCGUUCUUUUCUCGGAAUAUGCUAUGGUGGGCAUAUACAUAUGUUUGUGUAUAAAUAAAUAGUGAAAAGAAGUGUUUGCAGCUUUGUGCAUUUGCUGCAUAGUAAGUUUCACAAGCUUUUGCAAUAAGCAGGGUAAUACUUUUUUUUUAUGACGUCAUAUAUUCUUCAAAUAUAAAAGACACUAUUAUAUACAGAUGAUAUUCUGAUUUUCUUUUAUAAUUUUA